GUCGAUCCCUGCCUUGCGCAUGCUCGGUGUGUCCCGAGGUCGCCCUUGCCGGGUUUCCCACGUGCAGCGUGAACCUGAGGGCAUCAUGCUGUGAAGAGAUGGGGGCCGCAGUGGUUCGCGCGAUCAGGAACUUCAACCUGGAGAACCGGGCGGCCCGGGAGAUCAGCAAGGUGAAGCCCUCUCCCGCCCCCAGGCACCCCUCCACCGAGAGCCUCCUGCGGGAGCAGAUGAGCGGCCAAGCGGAUAUUAAGGGAGAAAUUGGUAGGAAAGAUGACAAAUUGCUGUCAUUACUGAGAGAUGUGUACGUUAAUUCCAGAGAUCCGGUGUCGUCUGCGCAGGACAAAGAUGCUGGAACACCUCAAGAGCCAAAGGAGUUCAGAUUGCCGAAAGGCAAUCAUUUUGACAUAAAUAUUGAGAACAUUCCCAAAGGCAAAGUUUCCAUUGUAGAGGCUUUGACACUUCUCAAUAAUCAUAAACUUUAUCCAGAUACAUGGACUGCUGAGAAAAUAGCAGAAGAAUACCAUCUAGAACAGAAAGAUGUAAAUUCCGUUCUCAAAUAUUUCGUUACUUUUGAAGUCAAAAUCUUCCCUCCUGAAGACAAGAAAGCAAUCCAAGCAAAAUGAAGGAACUCUUGGAAUUACUUUUCCUAUCCCCAUGCCCUGUUUAUUUUCUCAUUUUUAGCAUAUUAAGUUAUAUAAAUUACUGAAUGUUUAAAGCUCCCUCCUCCUUAUGAGUGCAUCCUAUUUAUUGACCUCUGCUGAUAGAAUAAAUUUUGUUUUCAACUUUAAUUUGGUUUAGGCAUGUAUGUAUGCGGGUGUAAUAUCAGCAUGACUAACUAGCAGGUAUAUAAAUUUAUUGCACAUAAAAGAGUUAAUUUUAAGUGUUAUUUUAAGCAUAUCAGCAUUUAAGUUGGUCAUAUGACCUCUUAGGAAAUGUCCUGAAUCCCUUAUUUGACACUUAAAGUUUAACUUUCCAGUUCAGGUGGUUAGUUUAUUCUUCCUAUGGAAUAGUGAAAGUGAGAGCUUUUCUGACUCUUAUGACUGACAUUUUCAUGUUAGGGAAAGGGAGGCUUGACAGUGAGGUAGAACAACAGUAUUUCCCAACUAAAGGCAGACAGGAAACUGGAUACAAAAACCAAUAAAAAAUACAUUUUUAUUACUACAGGGAAUAAGAAUUAGUAAGGCCUUUUUAAAAUUUAAUUUUGAAAUAACUUAAAAUUAUAGAAAAGAAUUAGUGUUUUAAAAUUUUAGCAAAUCUGUACUUUGACAAGCAAACAGGUAAGUUCAAGAGCUUUCAUAGAGGCAGGCAGUAGUGGAAGCCAUCUGAAAAAAGAAAAAAAAAAUGCUUUGGAUUUACGGUGAAAAUACAAGAAAAUUUUAAAGAAUGGUUAAAUCAAAGAACCAUGAUAAAUUUGGUGACCAAAUAUACAUAUUUUUUCAUUUAAAUGCUGGUUGAAAGAAAAUAGCAAGUAGAAGCAUAAAAUGUGAUCACUGGAAGGGACCUGGGAAAUUGUUGCUGCAUUUAACAAAUUUUUUUUUUAAAAUAUAUAUUUUAUUGAUUUUCACAGAGAGGAAGGGAGAGGGACAGAGAGAAGCAUUGAUGAGAGAGAAACAUCAACCAACUGCCUCCUGCACACACCCCACUGGGGAUGUGCCCGCAACCAAGGUACAUGCCCUUGACCAGAAUUGAACCUGGGACCCUAGAGUCCGCAGGCCGACGCUCUAUCCACUGAGCCAAACCAGUUAGGGCGCAUUUAACAAAUUUAUGAGCACAACACAUACUUGUACUAGGGUCUUGAGCAAAACUGUGUAAGUUCAACUCUGUUACGUUAUUACAUGUGAGAUUUUGGCUGGAUUGUGUAACCUCUUUGAGAAUGAUUUCCUCUAUAAAUGAUUGUAAUGCUGUCUUAACUCUAAGGGUUACUGUGAAGAUAAAAACAAUAAAAGAUAACAAAUAUGA